AUGCCUCGACCGACUCCGACUGUGAUGAUGAUGAUGGUGAUGAUGUCCCCCAUGGCUACUAUCAUGACUACUACCAUGACUACUACCAUGACUACUACCAUGACUACUACCAUGACUACUACCAUGAUGACUCCCAUGAUGACUCCCAUGAUGACUCCCAUGCCUCCGCCCAUGUCCAUGCUCCCGUUCGGGCUUCUCAUGAUCUUUCACUUUCUUUUCCAAGAUAUUCCCAAUGAUCGCCCCACCUAG